AUGCCAGGAAACGUAUCAAGUACACCACCUAUUUCACGGAGCGUAUCUUUUGCCGUCCCAGAAUCGAGUGAUUCUGAAGGAGACAUGAAGGGCUGCGUCAGCUUUGGAGAGAAGUGUCUCUCGACGAUCUUACGAUUGGACAAGGAACACAAUAUGUUUGGUUUGUCCAAUAUUACCAUCGUCGAUUCUAAAAUGCUGAAGAAAUCCCGUAAAGACGAUAAGGACCCAGCAUUUCCUCAAACAACUAUCAUACAACUGCUUUGCUGCGAGAAAAAAUGUUGUCACAAGUGCGGAAAGUGUUACAGCUGCACCGAUCCAUUUUGUUCGUCAUGCAAGUCGUGUGGGAUAGUGUGCUCACUGCCCUGCACAUUGCCCUGUGUUGUAUCUGCACGAUCUAGUAGAGCUCUACCAUGUCCUAAACCGAGUAUAAGAAUAACGCCUUGCGGGUCACCUUGCGGCAGACGUUGCAGAAGUCCAUGCAGAAGUCCGUGCUUUCCGCCAUGCAGAAGUCCAUGCUCUUCGCCAUGCAGAAGUCCAUGCUCUCCGCCAUGCAGAAGUCCAUGCAGAUCUCCAUGCGCUAGGCCGUCCAAAAUACCGUUCCUUAAGCCAACGCCUUGUAAAAUACCAUGUGGGACGUGCUGUGACAACCCACCAUGCAUGAUUUGCUGCUACAAGGGCAGGAUAAAGUGUAAGCGAGUGCCCUGUGCUAAACCAAGAUGCUUGAUGGACUGUAAUACUCGUUACGGCAUGAAGAUCUCAUUGAAGCGAAAACCAAAGUUUGAACCGUCUCCGGUCGAGAUAACGCCACGAUCAAGUUGUAUUUUAAAAAAGCCCGUAGCUGCCAGGUCCUGCCAUCACUUGCCGCGUUGUUCACCACCAUCUUCUUGCUUUCCGUAUUUAAUGCCUUGUUUCUGGCCUCCGCGAGCGAGCGCGCCGUGCAACAAUCCCUCCCGUUGCUUCCACAACCCGCCCUGUCUUCCGCCACGGAGGAGAAAGUCACCAAUACCUUCGCAAUAUUCAUGCACCCGCGAUAAGAAAUGCCUGGAUGAAACUAAAAAUUCGAUAUGUCCUAACCCGACGUGUCCUGGGAAAAACGAAACAUUCAAAGCGGAGAUAGAAAAAAGAUUUGGAAAAGGCAAAUAAAAAAUAAUGGCCGAUUCCAAGAAUACCAAGAAUCCAAAAAAUCCCAAGAACCCACAUUGCUCUUGUUCGUGUGAAAAGAAAGUUGAAACUCCAUGCGAUGAAUAUAUUUUCUACCCAAACAUUAAGAAGAAAGCC